GCGUGGCAUGAUGCUUCUGAGUGAUUGUCAGUUGUAGGAACUUUCCACCAGUUUUGCUGGAACUUUGGGGAGGAUGACCAUGGAUAUGACUUUCCUCGGGACCGGCUCGGCCUACCCGUCUCCUCACCGCGGUGCCUCGGCUCUGGUGCUGCGGACGGAGGGGGAAUGCUGGCUGUUUGACUGCGGAGAGGGAACCCAAACACAGCUGAUGAGGAGCCCGCUCAGAGCCGGUCGAAUCACCAAGGUUUUCAUCUCCCACUUGCAUGGAGAUCACCUGUUUGGUCUGCCUGGUCUCCUUUGCACUGUGAGUCUCAACACCAACCCUGACCCACAGCAGAACCUCAACUGUGUGGACAUCUAUGGGCCUCGGGGGCUCCGGCACUUUCUCAGGGUUACACUUGGCCUCACAGGGUCUCAGCUGCUCUUCCCUUAUGCAGUACAUGAGCUGGAGCCCACCCCUGAACAGAGUCCGGAAGAGGGACAGCUCAGUCUGGAGAUGACAGCAGAGUGUGGUCCUCCACACCCACAGGAGAGACCAGGCAGGACAAUCUCCCUGGAUGUCUCCAGUGACUGUUACAUCCUCUUUGAAGACAAGAAGUUUGUGGUCAAAGCCUUCAGGUUGUUCCACCGCAUCCCUUCCUUUGGUUUUUGUGUUCAGGAGCAUGAUCGUCCCGGAAGACUGAAAACUGAACUACUGAAGGAACUGGGGCUGAAACCAGGGCCUCUCUAUGGCCGUCUCAAAGCUGGAGAGUCUGUAACUUUGGAGAGCGGGCGUGUUGUUCUCCCUAGUGAGGUCCUGGAAGAAACCAUUCCAGGGAGGAAAGUCUGCAUUUUAGGGGACUGUAGCUCAGUUCUGGGAGAAGGACCACUGAGUUUGUGCAACGGAGCGGACAUUCUGGUUCAUGAGGCGACUCUGGGGAACGAGCACCGGGAGAAAGCAGUGGACCACGGACACAGUACACCUGAUAUGGCGGCAGCGGUGGCUCGGGCUUGCUGUGUGCGGAAAUUGGUGCUGUACCACUUCAGUCAGAGGUACAAACCCAGCUCCCUGCAGACGGAAGGAGACGAGGACGAUGUCUCAGAGCUCAAGAGACAGGCUGAAGAAGCGCUACAGGACAGUGGUGUAGAAGUGACUCUGGCUGAAGACUUUCUGACUUUGCCCAUUCCUCUGAGAAGACCAAGGUGUUCUUUAAAAGAUGUGUCAUGAAAAUCUUCUGUACUUAAUAUAAAAAUCCUGACUUCCUCCAUCUGCCUGCUCAUAUGCAACCGACAAAUUCUGAAAACUAAUAACUGGAUGGGCCCGACGCUUCCUGUGGACAUUCUUGAUCCAACAGAAGAAUAACUAUUGAUUUUUGAAAAACCUCAUAAACUUCACCCAGCAGCUAUGUUGUCAUCUACCCAGUAAAAUGGUGACUGUCAAGUUUGGAAGUCUAUAUUCUUUUCAUUCUGUUAUAUCACAACUGUAUUAAUGCCAUAGGACCCUUGAAAAUGUUAUAUGUUAAUGUUAUUAUCCCAUCAGAGAAUCAUGUUUGGCAAUUUCUGCUGUGUUGAAGCCAUUAUCAUUCUUUUUGAUAGGGCUGGCAGCCCACAGUAUUAACUGUGAUCAAAGUACCAAGGACAUUUGCCUCAUGUCAGAAAUGACAGUUUCA